AACAAAGUACUGUCAAAAUUGUCAAAUACUAGUAAUCAAAAGCACGUUUUUAUUUUGCCUCGUGCUAAUAUAUGAAUAAAAUAUGGAAGAAAAUACACCAACUGUUAGCUUAGUAUCAUGUAUGCAUUUUGUGCAAAGAGGAGUUGCCAAAUCAGUGCCUGAAAAGAUAGAAUUAACUGAAAAAGAAUUGGAAAAAAUAAUCAAACAAACGGCCGAUGAUUUAAGGAUAACAGAACAAGGUGAUGAUCAGAGUGAUGAAGAAGGUGAAACAGAAACUAGAGAACCUCCAGCAAACCCUAACGAUGAAUUCAAUUUUGAUCAAUAUGACGAGGAAGAUAGUAUAACAGUAAACCCUAUUGGUAUUGGUACUGUGGCAACAUUGCCUAACCUAGGAGACCUCAGCGAGAAUGUUCAGAUAAGAACAGAAGGACCAGACAGUGAUGAAGAGGAUGACAUAAUCAAACCAACAGACAACCUUCUACUUGUAGGGCAUGUGGAAAGUGAUGCCAGUAUUUUGGAAGUACACAUUUUCAAUAAAGAAGAGGGCUCAUUCUAUGUUCAUCAUGACAUAAUACUGCCCUGGUUCCCUCUCUGUAUUGAGUGGCUAAGUCAUGACCCAACAGAUCCACAACCAGGUAACUUAUGUGCAUUGGGUGGCAUGGAUCCAGUCAUUCAAGUGUGGGACUUAGACAUUGAGAACUGUCUCGAGCCAGCGUUCAAACUGGGCAAAAAACCCAAUAAGAAGAAAAAAAUAAAACGUGUAGGACACAAAGAUGCUGUGCUUGAUCUAUCAUGGAAUAAAAAUUUCACACACGUGUUAGCGAGUGGAUCUGCCGACAAAACGGUACUACUAUGGGACUUGGAUCAAGGCACACCUCACACUAAGAUCAACUACUUUUCUGAUAAGGUGCAGUCGUUAUGCUUCCACCCUCUGGAGGCGCAGACAUUGUUGGUGGGUGCGUGUGACGGACGAGCUCGUGUGUUGGACUGUCGCACUCCUGACACACACCGCGGCUGGUCCCUCGAGCCGGAGAUAGAGCGCGUAGUCUGGGACACGCAUAACCCCUUCUGUUUCGCUAUGAGUAACAAUGUAGGUAAAGUGGCAUAUGUGGACUGUAGACAGGACUUACCUCUUUGGACCAUUGAUGCACAUGAAAAAGAAGUCACCGGACUCAUACUUAGCGAGCAAGUGCCCGGACUCUUGAUCACCGUCAGUACUGAUGGUACACUCAAGACUUGGGACGUCACCAGUGAAGGAGCUACUCAGGUGAGUAUGCGUAGCAACAAAUCUGGACAGAGUCUGUGUGUAGCUGCCUGUCCUGAUGCCCCGCUCUCACUGGCACUCGGAGGUGACAACAAGCAGUGCCACAUCGAGCUCGUGGAUCUCACCGCCAACGAACAAGUUUUGAACCGUUUCGGAGCUCGCAUCCCAGCUACUGCUACUGAAGCCAUGGAAUCCUAACAUUAUUUUUACAUACAUUGUUUAUAAGAAUAAUAACGUGAAUUUUUAUUUAUAUUUUUG